CUGUCAUUAGGGAGCUCUUUCCUUUGGACAUGGUAAUUAUUAUAGUGGUUGGGGUACGGAUAGCUUCUCAUGCGUGAAACUUCGUUACACGAAGCUUCGGGCAGGUGGACUCGUACAACGAUCGAGGGAAUUUCUCGAUAUCAACGGUGAGAAAAUCCUACCUAUAAACAAGAUGGCUUAAAUGCGAAAUCCUCGAAAUGACCGAAGGGCGGACUCUUUCGUGUUGGAGAAAGAGAUACGUAGGGACGACUGAGAAUACGAAUGGAAUGGAGGAAGAUGGAGGAAGACGGGAAUCUUACAUUCAAAAUACCAGGGAUAAAGCUGAGCUUUGGGGUUUGGCAGGAGCGCUAGCAGGGACAUACGAGCGGCCGAAAAGUCGACGCCCGGGAGGAACGGGAAGAUGGGGUACAGUAAUACCCCAGGGAGUUACAUUAUGCGGCUACUUUGGUCACGACGUCGUAAAAUCUAUUAUUUAAGCGGUCAUCGAGCGAGGGCCGAGAAGAUUGCAUCUAAAAGCCGACGUCGGUGGACAACGGAGGGCGAUUUAACAUACCUCAUAGCUAAGCUGCUGUAUUUCUCUUCGGGGACCGAAACGUGGAACAACGGGAUGGGUAUCCAUGGACUUGGAGAGGCUGGCCUGGCUUCGGAGAUAGAUGGCAGUUUCGUGGUACGCGCCCACAUAGCAGCAAUGACCAAACCGACCAACCAGGCAACCAACCAACGAGUCCAACCAACUUCUUUCCUUUACGUAUGUUUCAAGAAUGAACGCGAUAUAACUCAUAGAAGAGAAGGAGAAUCAAAGAGGGUGGAAUUCGAAAAGGAAUUCAUUGCUGUUGUUCUUCCUUAUUCUUCUUCUAGAUUUUCGAAGUUGAAACUAUUUCAGGAGGAGUAA